AUGGGCUCCAAGGCCAAGAAGCGCGUGGUGCUGCCCACCCGCCCGGCGCCCCCCACGGUGGAACAGAUCCUGGAAGACGUGCAGGGGGCACCCGCCGAGGACCUAGUCUUCACCGCCGUGGCCCUGGAAGAGUAA